CCAAAAUUUCCUCUCUUAUCUAUAUAUACAAAUAUCCCUUUGAACUCAUCACAAUUCAUCCAUCUUGAGUAGUUUAACUACAUCCAAUAAUACUUUUUGAUUCAAUAGAGGCAUAAAGAGGUUCAACUCCAUACCUUUCUUUGAAAAAUUAUAUCGUGUAAAGAAGGUAUCAAGUUCAAAUCCUAGUAGUUGCAACUUGCAUUGUUACAUUAUUAUUUUUUAAAUCCCUAGUUAAGAUUCAUAAUUUCUAGUCUAUUAAGGGCAAGAAGGGGAUUUAUUCUUUCGUUGAAAAAUUGUACUAGUGAAAGAGAGCCUCGCGUUCACAUCCCAGGUUGACAAAAUUUCUGGCUCCACCACUGGUCUGAUCAUAUCAAUAAUGGCUCAUGCAUUGGGGCACGACGUGGUGUUUGAGGAUUUUUUCCCUUCUAUGGUGGAGAAACUUGGAGGUGAGGGAUUCUUGAAGGAGCUAAGCAAUGGAUUUAGGGUUCUAAUGGAUGAGGAGAAGGAAGUCAUAACAUUUGAGAGUUUGAAGAAGAAUUCAGAGUUGUUGGGAUUGAAGGGUAAUAUGAGUGAUGAUGAGUUGAUGUGCAUGUUGAGUGAAGGUGACUUAGAUGGUGAUGGUUGUUUGAAUGAAAUGGAGUUUUGUGUAUUAAUGGUACGUUUAAGUCCUGAUUUAAUGGACAUUUCAAGAAUGUGGUUGGAGGAAACUCUUGCUAAGUUGUAAUUAGAGCUUUAAUUAAUUAAUUAAUCCCUUUGAGAUGAUCAUUCUUGUUAUUUAAUUUCAUUCCUUUAGUAAUUGUUCAA